AUGCAGACACAGCUGGAGCCUGAAUUUGACUACAAGCAGUCCAUGCCUGGGCACGCCGGUGGCGCACUGCUGGGUGCCGCCCCCACAAACGGCCUGAUUUCCCGCAACCCUGAAUGGCUGCAGUCUGGAGUCAAGGGCGCCCUCCCGCCCAUCAUAGGCCACGGUGGGGGCAAGCUGCUGCGGCCCAUGACCUUCAGCAAUGAUAGGCAUGGUGCAUCUGGCCUGCUGGCACCAAUCUCAGCGCAGAGGGCGUCUCAGAUGCCGAACAGCAGUGAGCUGGCAGCGGCGGGAUCAGACUCCUCUGCGGAAGGUACAAGCAAGCCUGCAAACGCCACAAUCGAGGUCUCGGCGUUGCAAAGAGCUCCACAAGCAGCAAUUGACAGCAGCGGAAGGGAACAAGCAUGCGCCUGUACAUCGCAGGCCAUCAAGCGUCAAGACAGCAAGCAGCCGCGGCAGCAGCAGCAGCAGCAGCAGCAGCAGCAGCAGCAGCAGCAGCAGCAGCAGCAGCAGCAGCAGCAGCAGCAGCAAGAGGAGCAGGCAGACCAGGAACAUCAUCAUCUUCACCAGGAGCAACAACAACAGCAGGAGUGGCCGACUAUUACAAGCAACCGGCCCCUGCACACGCUGGAUGCACCUGCAGCACCGGGCGCCGGCGCCGGUACAUCUGCAGCAGCAGAAAGGCAGGCUCCAGAGACUGUGGACCCUUGGGGUGCAUUGGAGCAGCAGUAUGGCUGCAGCGUCCCUUCGGGGCCUGGAGGUCACCCCAGCUCGGAUGUAGUGGCAUGGCAGGGCACCAGGUCCUCCCGGGAGGAGGUUCUUGAAGUGGCAAGCAACGAGGGAGAAGAGGAUGGUUGUGGCACCAGAAUCAGCAGGACAUGGGAGGGCAAGCAGUCCAUCGCUCUGCCGCCUCCAACUUCCGGCCCUGCAGUGCGGGGCGCAGCAGCAUUAAGCCAUAGCCUGCAAAUGCACGACAAACUUGUGCGAGGUGGCGGUGGUGGACGGGGCAGCGCCAGGUAUGGUGGUUGGGGCGACGGGGAGCUUGCCGCGCCAGGCACCCUCAUGGUGGGCACCGGUGCCAUUGGAGAGCAACAGCACGACGAGGAUGUGUUUGGGCCCACGGCUCUAGACAGCAAUGGUUUGGCGUCACACUCGCUGGACGCGGCAGCGCCGGCGCUUGUGCCUGGACGCAGCGCGGGCGUGCUGGGCAGCGGGCCGUACGGGGCACAAAGCUUUCGAGGUGGUGGGGGUGUCGUGGAUGUGCUCGCUGAUGACGCGAUGGUGGAGGACAUAGAGGAUGCUGAUUUGGAGAGGGAGCUGGCGGCACAGGGCGCGUUGCCUGGGGACCUGGCGGCGAAGCUGGCGCAGUAUGAGAUGAUGAUGCAGGAUGAUGCGGAUGAGUGCUGA